AUGCUUUUCCUACUGUCCAGCUCACAGUCCUUGGUUCGUGCAACUGAAGUCGACCCUGACCGCCAUCUUACUGACAAGACUGCAGCAAUAUGUCGCUUUUCAGAGCCAAUCGCUUUCAACUCGAUUCUUGCAUACACUUAUGUAAUGGUGCAAGAUCUUCAUGAUGGCGAUGAUACAGAUGCCUCAUUCUAUGCCGGCCUGCUGGUCUCGGCCUAUGCAGUCGCCGAGGCUAUAACCGCCAUGGGUUGGGGUAUACUUUCAGACCACUAUGGACGGAAGCCUGUAGUCUUGUUUGGUCUUGUUGGCGUCGCCAUCUCCAGCUUAAUCUUUGGCCUUGCACAGUCCUACUGGGUGGCGCUCUUGGCGAGGUUCAUCGGCGGUGCCCUGAACGGCAACGUCUCCGUGAUGCAGACGAUGGUUGCUGAAAUGGUCAAAGUCCCCGAACACGAGCCAAAAGCUUAUGCUACGCAGCCCUUCGUAUGGACCCUUGGCGGUAUCGUCGGGUCGGCAAUGGGAGGCUUCCUCGCUCAACCUGCACGGUUCUAUCCCUCGGUGUUCCCAGCCGAUGGACUGUUUGGCAAGUAUCCUUACCUAUUGCCUAACCUGGUCUCCGUGGCAGUCAUUGUGCUUGCCAUUCUCCAGGGAAUCUUGUUCCUCGAGGAAACCAAUCCACGGCAUAUGCGCGUUGAUGAUGAUCAUGCCGUCGAGGACGAUGAGGCCACAGACGAAACAACGCCGCUUCGUGGCCCGCGCAGGAGAGAUGUCAGGCAAAGCGCCGCUAGCGAGAGGCCACCGUUCAUUGAAGAGAGCCUUCCUUUACCUCUCGAAGCGAACUUCGACUUGAGGAGAUCUUCGUUUGGCACGGUGCAUUCGAUCAAGCUGCCUGCAGACGUCCGCCCGGGUCCCCCUACUCGGACGCCGACUAACCAGAGUUUCAAAGGCCGGACAUUCAACUUCACCAUCAUCAUGAUAACAAUCGCGCUAGUGAUCUUCUCAUAUCAUCAGAUGGCAUUUUGCACACUUUUGCCCACACACCUUCUUGACCGGCCGAUGGCGCCGAGGGGCCAACUCGACCUGUGGGGUGGCUUGGGUUUCACGGUCCACGACGUUGGAAUUUACUUGGCUGUGAACGGUAUCAUUGGUCUAUUCAUCCAGGGUGUUAUAUUUCCAAUAUUCAUCGAUCAUGUCGGGGUUUGGAAGUCGUUUCUCCUAAUGAUCCUCCUUUACCCCACGGCUUACUUGCUCAACCCCUUCCUAUCCGCGUUUCCCGACGGCCUCGUGUCUCCCGGCAUCUACCUAUCCAUGAUUCUGCAGAGCUUUUAUGGAAUUAUUGUUGGGCCGUGUGCCCUGAUACUGCUCAAAAAUGCCACGCCGUCCCCGCUGGUCCUAGGCAAGGUAAACGGUCUGGCCAUGGCUGCUUGUUGUCUGGCCAGGACCCUCAGCCCUCCGAUUGUUGGCAUUAUCUAUAGUGCGGGCGGCUCGGCUGCAGCUUGGUUCAGCUGCGCUGGGAUCGCUGUCGUCGGGAUCGUGCAGUCCUUCUGGGUACCUCGGAAGCAUGCGGUUGAGCAUGUCGAAGUGGAGAGCUCAGGUCUGUUUUCCGAACCUCAUGGGUAG